AACGAAAUAGAGAACAUUGUGACUCACUUGCACGUCCUUAUCUCAGAGUGUCAGCAGAAAAGAGGAACUUUUGCUGCAUGUUCUUUAAUGAAGAAGACACUUCCUCGUCAGUAUGAAGGGACUGUACUUUGUUGAGCCGAUCGUUGCGAUAUAUGCGUUUGCCAGCUUUAUGAUUUACCCUUUGGUGCAGCAGUAUGUGUAUCGCAGACUGUGGCUGGAGAUCACCAACUCCUCUUAUCCAGUGUCCGACAACACUUCCCGAUGUGCCAACACCAGCAGCAAUCAGACCAGCCAGCAAAAUGAGGUGCAGAAAGCAGCUUCUAUCUUUUCCAUGUACAGUGAUUUGUUUUCCAUGAUCCCCAGUCUCUUGGUGACUCUACUUCUAGUGGCCUAUAGUGAUCAGCGAGGGCGUAAGAUCACCAUUAUUAUGCCCCUCAUCGGGGGUCUGAUCUACACACUUUCCUUCCUGGCAGUCUCCUACUUUGAACUAAACCUCUACCUCCUAAUAGCUGCCUCCUUCGUAAGUGCCCUUUUUGGUGGUAUUGGCACCAUGCUGGGUGGCUGCUUCUCCUAUGUGGCCGAUUUGUGCGAGGAUGGCAAGCAGAAAACUCUUCGAAUGGCCGUUGUGGACAUGGUGAUCGGUUUAUUGGCAGGCGUGGCAUCAAUCUCUACUGGCUACUUCCUGCGAGCUGCUGGAUUCAACUGGCCUUUCUUCACGUCAGCCAUGUUCCAGGUGGUUAACUUGCUAUAUGCCAUCUUCAUUUUGGAAGAAACCAAGGUGAUUGACCGGUCAGAGACUGUGGCUUGUUGCCGGGUCCUGCAUAAACUUGUAUCAGGGAUCUAUAACCUGUUUGCUGGGGGAAACAGGAAAACAGGUUGGAUUCUUGUGCUGAUGAUUGUAAUAUUUUCCACUCUUUCAUUUUCCAAUACUGGGGGUUUGUCCGUGAUCACUCUCUAUGAACUCAAUAAGCCGCUUUGCUGGAGUGAGAUACUCGUCGGCUACGGCUCUGCGGCUUCCCUCACCGUCUUCCUCACCAGUUUUGUUGGUGUGUAUGUGUUCUCGCGCUGUCUGUCUGACAUGGCCAUUGUAUUCAUCGGAAUGCUGUCAGUCAUUAUAGGCCUGGUGAUGGUAGCCUUCGCAAAGACUACAGUCAUGAUGUUCCUUGUGAGGAUUCCUGCGAUGUUUGCUAUCAUGCCGUUCCCCAUUCUGCGUUCAAUGAUGUCAAAGGUUGUCUCAAAGUCCGAGCAGGGAGUGCUUUUUGCCUGCGUGGCUUUUACUGAAAACCUGAGUACUAAUGUGGCCUCCACAGUUUUUAGCAGUAUCUAUGCGGCCACUGUGGCAUGGUGCCCUGGAUUUGUCUUUCUAUUGGGUGCUGGACUCUGCCUCUUUCCUAUGACUCUACUGGGCAUCCUAAGGUGUUUCCAUCCAGUGGAUUCUGAGACUGAAGGACUCUUUUCAGACGAUGAGACUGAAACCUCAGAUGAUGCACCUGUAGCUUAAAAACCUAUAUAGGGAAUUCAAAUACCUCAGUCAUUCACCUCAAUUCCCCUGUGCGAUUCUUUACUGAGACUAUGAGUAGGAGUCAAACUGGAGAUAAACUGGGAACUCGAUGCAAAUGUGCACGUGGCUACUCUCUUCAAGCCAAAGUUUUUGAGUAUUUUGAGUCACUGCCGUGGAGUUUUUACUGAAAUUUAAUAUAUUAAUUUAUAUUAAGUAAUAUUAGGGAAAUUUUGUAAAAGAGGAAAUACUAUUUAUAGUGGAGCGGCUAAGUGAUAUA